CAUUGACAUUCAGUAGUAAAGUUUCUCCUGUCAUGUCAAAUUUACUAAACUUAUUAAACUGUGCAAAAAGUUAACAAAACUCUUAUUUACUUGCAUGUUAAAACGUUUAUUAAUUUAAUUACGUCUCUCUUUUCAGAAUUUAGCUUAAAACUGGUUACGAGACCCUGAAAAUGUCGGAAGAAUCACAAGUGCGAGCGUUUUACGCGGGCAAAAACUUUUUUAUUACCGGCGGCACGGGUUUCGUCGGAUUAUGUCUUAUUGAGAAAAUUCUGCGAUGUAUUCCUGAUUCCGGCAAGAUAUAUCUUUUAAUGAGACCGAAGAAAGGCAAAGAAAUAUCGGAGAGACUUCAAGAAUUCCCCAAAAACCCUGUCUUUGAAAAACUCCUAGAAUCAAAAUCUACUGACAUAUUUCAAAAAUUAGUCCCCAUUGCGGGGGAUGUCGGAGAAGAUGGACUCGGCCUCAGUCCUCAGGACCGGCAGACGUUGGUGGAGAACGUAGAGGUGGUCAUCCACUCCGCAGCUACCCUGGACUUCCAGGAGAGCCUAAGGCCUACUGUGAAGAUAAACUUACUAGGGACAAGACGAGUUAUGGAGCUGUGUAAGGAGGCAAAGAAAUUGAAAGUGAUGAUCCAUGUAUCAUCAGGCUAUGUGAACUCGUUCCUCACGGAAGCUCAUGAGAAGGUGUAUGAGGCACCGGAAGACGCGGAGAAGGUUAUCUCCCUGGUGGAUACCUUAUCUGAUGAUGCGUUACUGGAGAUUGAGAAGAAACUACUGAAAAGCCACCCCAAUACGUACACCUUCACGAAGCACUUGGCUGAACAUGAAGUGGUUAAGUGUUCAGACCACUUCCCAUGCACUAUUGUCAGACCUACCAUGAUUGUGGCCUCGUGGAAGGAGCCGGUACCCGGUUGGACUUGCUCUAAAGUCGGACCCCAAGGGUUCCUUAUGGGAGCCGCUAAAGGUGUCGUUCGUCGCUUACCUCUAGCUGAGAAGAACGUAGCAGACUAUAUACCUGUAGAUGUGGUUGUAAAUGAGCUGUUGGUCGCGGGCUGGGAGGCCGCCAAGACCAAAUCCGGUCUAUCCGUUUAUCACUGUUCUUCGUCCACCUGCAGACCGUUCAAAUGGUCAGUGCUCGGUAACACAGUCAAUGAAAUGUUGCACAAACAUCCCUUGAAGAGCGCUGUGUGGUACCCUCACCUCUCGUUCGUGCCGUCGCUACUGAUGUUCCGUAUCUCAGCUAUAUUCGUGCACUUCUUCCCCGCCAUACUACUAGACAUGAUGCUGCGCCUGUCCGGCAAGAGGCCCAUAUUAUUCCGUCUCCACAAGAACGUUUGGAACUCGCUGAACCGUCUGGAGCGGUUCAUCUUCAGCGAGUGGAAGUUCUACAACCCCAACACCCUGGAACUCGCCAAGAAACUGAACGAUGCUGAUAAGAACCUGUUCUACAUCGACAUAUCUACUUUACAAUGGCUAGACUACUUCCAAACUCUUCAUUUGGGAGUCAGACGGUAUCUAAACCACGAGAAAGAAUCCACGCUACCAGCCGCUAGGAAGAAGGAUAUGGUCCUCCUAAUGUUCCACGUUAUCUGGCAGCUGUUCGUCCUAGGAAUUUCGUGGCAGAUCUUUGCCUGGACAACAGGCCUGACCCUCGCGCAGUCUGCCUGGAUCGCACCCAUCAUAUACGUUCUGUUCACUUAUCUAUAAACUUGUCUAAACCUGAUCAUAUCGCUCAAAUAUAUUGAACUGACAAGUCAAAGUCACUUGAGAAAAAGGAAUGGAAUUGAUUCCAUACUUAUUUUUAAUUGUUAAAUUGACCAAGAAUCUAAAAAUGAAUCUAUAUUUUUUUAGUAUGUUAGUGAAGGAUUUCUGAAUUGAUAUAGGCAAAUAUAUAUUUUUUAUUAUUUUUGAACAAAGCUAGUAGUAAACUUCAUUUUAGACAACUAUUUAAUAUUUUUGUAUUGAUUAAUAAUGUAAGUAUUAUUGUUUAUAAGGAUUUAUUAUUAAAUUGAUUUAGAAUUUUGCAAAGAAAGAAAUAUUUUUUGAGAUUUUAUAUACAAAGAUUGUAAUGUAUUACAAAUGAUAGUAUUAUAAAAUCUUUUAGUUUCAUAAUCUACCCUAAAAACCUACUUUUAAAGUAAGACUUGCAUUUGUGGGAGCGAGAAAGCACGCUUUCAGUCGUAUAACCUCUCCUUUCCACAAUAGCAAAAAAAUCUUUCUUCACUACCUUGUAUUAAGGAUCUGAUUUUGUAUUUAGAUAUUAGGGUAGUAUUUUUCUUUAAAAUACCAAUAUCAUUAUUGUCUCUUAAAGCAAAUAAAUCCGUUAUUCCCCAUUAUUAUAUAUAUCUUUGACAGUAGCCUUCGACCCGAAAUUAGCAUAAUGUUAAGUGCAAAACAUUCCCGUUGCCAGGGCCCCAAUUCUGCUAUUUACAAUGGCCGAUGAAUGAAUGAAAAUUGGCUUAAAAUGACACUGUUCGUAUUC